AUGCAAGGCUGUACAAUUGAUGGUGUAGACAAUUGGCCGCUGGCACAAUCCCGGACAAUACUAGAUACAUUUAGAGGCAAUCUUUGGGAUAGUGCUACAACAAACAUCGAAGCCAUAAACAGCGUAUUAUACACAGAGCUAAACAGAGGGCCUUAUGUAACCAUAUCUCACGAGAAUUCUAGACUGGUUAUUUCUACUAACAACGCCUUUGAAGACUACGAGGAAUAUGAGACAUCGGACAGUAUUGCGUUUACGAUAACUUUUAGAUGUUCCGAUAGUUCUAUAAGGCCUUUCGUGUUCCAAAUACGCAUAACAGAUACAAAUAAUCACGAUCCAGUGUUUAGGCCUCUAUCGUACGAGUUUACCAUCGCACCACCAAUCCCACCUGGCUUUCUAAUAUCUGACUGUGUUAACGAUAUAACUGUCCGGGAUAUUGAUCUAACCACACAGAGAAUUGACUUCGAGGUUUCUGGAAGUUCUUUAUUUGAAAUAACAUUUGUCAACACAUCCAACGUGGUCAAAGAAUUCAGGGCAGCAUUGAGGACUACGACAUUGAUUAGAUCUAUCUCCGAACCAAUUAUUCUCACUGUGAAUGCAACGGACGUAGACACAACUGGCGACCCCAGAAGAUCAACGACCGCCACUGUUAAAAUUGUAGCAGACUCUGAGUUUACUUUUCCAGAUGAACCAAUUUUCUCCCAACCAUUCUACAUAGCCACAUAUACUGACAAUGAAGUUAUACUACAAGACCCGAUUACCUUACGUCAGGGGUUUGACGAUCAAGUGUUGUUCACUUUUGAAGCACAACACUCGCAAUAUUUUCAGCUGGUCACAAAUAACAAUGGUGUAUCGUUUGACAUGAAGUCACCAAUACCGGUUAGCUUGUAUAGCGAGGGACCGUUGCUAUUAGUCGUGAAAGCAGAGCGGGAAUACACAAGCGGUGCCACUGCUACGGUCGUUGUGCAGUUACCUGAAGUUGCUGACCUGGCUUUCGAGACGGGGGUAUACGAAGGGUCUAUCGAGGAUGACAAAUUAAAACUUGAAGCUUUAAAACUGGCUCAAGGAUACCAAUAUACCCCCAUUACAAUAGACAUUACAAGCGAGUACGAUUCAUACUUCAGUACUAUCAUUGACGGAAAUACUAUUACGCUCUCAAUGAACCCUUUGAGUGAGACCAUUAUACAGCAAAACUUCAUUAAUCUACAAUUGGCUGCCACUAACGUCCUAAACAGCACAGGGGUCACUAUAGUUACGCUAGAGAUUGUAAAGGAUGACAUGACUACCCCAGUCUUCGAAAGGAGCCUAUACACUGGAAGCUACGAAGAAAAAGCGGGACUGAGCUUAGAAAACAUUGUAUUAAUACAAGGUUAUGAUAGCACGGUUGUCACUACACUGGAAGGAGAACAUGCUUCCCUAUUUGGUAAACUUCAAGAUGGACCCAAUAUAACGCUUACCUUGACGUCGUUGCCGGCUGAAAUCUUAUCAGAACGCAGCAUAUUGGUUUCUGUACGAGCCACGAAGCCUAGAACUGUGGGAGUUAGCACUGUAGUACAAAUAACAUUACCCUCAGCUAGAGAAUUAAGUUUCGAAAAGUUUAUAUAUAAAGGAGAGUUAGAAGAUAAUGUUAUUGCUCUCGAAACUAUUGUCUUGGACGUUGGUUACGACUCUGACGUUGUCUUCAACCACACGGGAGAAUACGCAGAUUAUUUUAAUUUACGGAUCACUGAUAAUGAAGUGUCUUUAGACGUCAAGGGUCAGCUACCAGAGGAUGUUUUAGAGAAUAGUUUUCUUGUAUUCGUUCUAAGCGCAUCUGGCACCAAUACAAUUACCGCAUCAGCAACUAUCUUACUGGAGAUAAUAAAACAAGACACUUUCACUCCUGUAUUUUCUCAAUAUACAUAUCAAGGCGAAUACACAAACAGCACUUACAUAAAUUUCGACGAAAUUGGCUUAAUACAGGGUUACGACGAUACAGUAACUUUUGAUUUAGAUGGAGAACACGCUAAGUAUUUUUCAAUUAAUUGGAACAAAAACAGUGUCAUGGUGACGUCAAAAUCUGUCAUACCCGUAGAUCUGAUAUUUAGUGAAAAGGUUUUGGUAUUCAAUGUAAAGGCCGAAAAACCUAGGACUGUCGGCGCUAAUGCAGCUAUAUCACUCAAAUUUCCACAAGAAUUAACCGAACCUACAAUUCUAAGAUUUUCACAAAAUACAUAUAGCGGCCUAUUACAAAAUGGUGUGUUGACAAUGGACAACAUUGUUCUUGAAUCAGGUUUUACGUCGACAACAAAGUUUUCGCUGUCUGGAGAUUCAGUUAAGAACUUCACAAUGACCAAUGAUGAAAAUGAAAUUACUAUAAAAUUAUCAGAUACGGUUUCAAUAGAAGUUCUUGAGAAUUAUAAAUAUUUAAUUCUGGAAAUAGAAGCAACAAGAGAGAGAGCCGUACCAGUGACCUCUACAUUGAUAAUUGAAGUACCAGAUAAUACAGUUAUUUUACCAGUAUUUACGGAACCAUUUUACACGGGAAGCUUAACAAAAGAUGGUGGACUAGAAUUUACAGAGAAAAUCGCUUUGCAAUUAGGAUAUGAUGAAACUGUUACAUUUGAACUAGAAGGAGAUAACGCACAGUGGUUUACUGUUACACAAGAUGCAAAUUCAGCCUCGUUACAAUUGAGAGCAGAAAAUCCAUUACCUGAUGAGGUGUUCAAUUCAGUUAAUCACUUGCUUUUUACCAUUGUAGCAAAAAAACCUGAUACCAUUGGUGGAAGAGCUGCGAUCUCAAUUAGUAUUGUAAAAGAAAUCGAAGAAAUAGUUAUAUUACAAUUUGAAAGUAACAAUUACGUCGGUCGUAUAGAAGAUGGAUCACUUUUACUCUCUGAUAAUAUAAGAAUUUUAGAUGUGGAUAUUUCAAAUGUUAAUCUAAACCUAACUGGGGAACAUGCAUCUUAUUUUACGUUAUCCAAGGAAUCAGAUUAUAUAUCAAUAAACCUUCGCGAGAUGCCCGAUAAUGUGGACAGUAAUGAUUUAAUUCUACUUAAUCUGGAAGCAUCCAAAACAAAUGCUAUUAGUGGCCAUACUACAAUAAUCUUAAAUGUAGUUAAUAAUUCAGACACAAAUAUUGUACAACCUGUUUUUGAACAAGCGUAUUAUAUAGGUGAAUUUUCAAAACAAGACGGUUUAAACUUUUCUCAUACUAUUAGUCUUAUACAAGGCUUUGAUACCGAUGUUUCUUUUGAACUUACUGGUGAUGACUCUAUAUGGUUCAGGCUAAGUAAAGUCGAAGAAAAUAGUUUCACGCUUUUAGUUCAAGAUGAAGAAGGUUUACGUGAAAUAACUGACAGAAGUCAUUUAGUGUUCUCAAUUCUUGCUAACAAACAUGAUACAGUUGGACGCACGGCAGUCAUUAUUUCACUACAAGAUGUUACGGAGACCAAACAAUUGGCAUUUUCCAAAGAUUUUUAUACUGGAUAUAUUGAAAAUGGUGCCAUAACAUUAGGAACGAUUACUGUUAAUCAGGAGAGUACGAAUGGCAUCAAUUUCACAUUAAUUGGUGAUUAUUUUAAUUAUUUUCAGAUUACGAAAACCAAUAAUACUACUAUUACUAUAGAGAUAGUUGAUGACGUAUUACCAAUGGAAAUAAUUGAAGCAAACAAUAUUUUGGUGAUAACAUUAGAAGCGAAUACUGGACAGAUUAGAGCUCAUACUACUAUUAUUUUGGAGAUUAAAAAGGAUAUUAAUAUCUCAAGUAUACUUAAGUUUGAGCAUGCAUAUUAUAAAGGAUCGUAUUCAAAUACCGAUGGAUUUGUUUUUGAAUCCGACAUUAAUAUAAUAAGUGACUCUGACGAGUCAGUGCUACUUUCACUUGAAGGGAAUAACUCAAUUUGGUUUUCUUUAACUUUAAAUGACAAUAAUUCGACUACACUUGCACUAACCGAACAAAUACCAGAAAAUGUCUUAAUCAAUAACAGAAAUCUUGUAUUUUCAAUUCUGGCACAAAAAGCUGACUUAAGUGCACGAACAGCUAUAAUUAUUGAACUAUUGCCAGAUAACAGGAACUUAACAAUGCUUGGAUUUGAACGAAGAAACUACGUUGGAUCUCUUAACAAUAAUACUCUCAAGUUAGAAUCAAUUACUAUAAUAGAAGGUUAUUCUGAAAAUGUUAAGUUUGCUAUUGACAAAGAGUUUACUUCUUACAUUGGAAUCUUACAAAAUGACGAGACAGUCAGUUUAGAAAUUAUUAAGCCAAUUCCAGAAAAUAUGAUACCUGAAAAUAAAAUAAUAGUUCUCGAAUUAAAAGCUUCGGCCCCAGACUCGAUUGCCGCAUUCGCUACAAUAAUACUUGAGGUAACAACAAAUGAGACACCCUCUAUAGAAGAAUUGAGUUUUGAUAAAAAAUAUUAUACAGGACAUUACUACGUAACGGGUAUCCUUGACUUCAACGAAACAAUAACUUUAGUUGCUGGUUAUGAUGAGUCUACAAAAAUUGAGUUAGAAGGAGAACUGGCUCAAUGGUUUGAUAUUCAACAAACUGAAAACACAGCAAUUGUUAAAUUGAAAAUUUCGGUGCCAGACACAAUACUAUCAGAAUAUCAACCUCUUAUUUUCAUAGUAAAUGCACAAAAAGAGAACAGUGACUGGAUUGCUCGGGCAGUUAUUAUUAUAACACAUAAUUAUGGUUCUGACAGUAUUAAUGUUUCGUUCAACAAAGUUCUUUAUAACGGCAACCUGAAAGGAGGUGUUGUAUCUCACGACACAAUACAAUUGUCUGGAUUCACGGGUACUAAUGUUAUCAUUACUGGAGAACUUUCAACAUCAUUCGAAGCAACCGUAGCAAACGGUUACGUUACUGUUAGCGUAGCUUCGGCAGCAACCUUCCCUGAAAGCCUUACUUAUAUAGCGCUUACGCUACAUGCAGACAGCGCGAACGCUGUAUUAAUACUGGACGUCUUGCCUUUAGGGCUGACGUAAAGCAAGUCGGCUCGGUUGGAAGAGUGACAGCUACUGUGGACAACGGAGAAACGGUGAAUUAUUCAAUCACUACAGAUAGUGAUCUUCAGACACGUGUCUCAAUCAAUGCGGAGGGUGAAAUUCUAUUAUCAGCUCCCGUUGGUGAGGGAGUUCAUAACAUGAAAGUCACGGCUACGGCUCAAACAAGUCAAGUGUCUGCUACAGUUCCGGUACUAUUACGAGUAGACACAUUACCGGAAUGUAACUCUGAAGAUGGUCUACCACCAUUAAUAAUCUUACAAAAAGUCGAAGAAGAGCCGCAUCUUAACUUAAUCGUACUAAACCAAACCGAUAACGAAAAUUGCUGGUACACUGUAACCAGUCUCUGGCCAGAAGAUCAAUCAUGGUUGUACAUUGAGAACGGAGGCUUGCACGCUAAGGUCAUUGAUCGAGAGCACAAAUCAAUUGCCUUUAUGAUAUUAUCUCAGAUUCAAGCGGAGCUAAUACUUCACUGCGACAAUGACGAGAGAACCAUUGUCAAGCGAUCAUUAGCGACAGGGACCGAAUCAGAAUUAGAUGCCUACGACUAUGGAUCCAAUAAAUGGAUUCUCGCUGAUACAAUUACGUACAAUGCCAGACGAAGCGUUGUGAAUUUAAUCAUUGAAGACAUUAACGACAAUCCGCCGAUAUUUGUAGGAAAAGAGAACGAGCCAAUUUAUGUUGGUUAUCCGAUAGCUGAACUUGAAAAUACUAUAUUGCCACGAGCUUUGAUUGAAUUGGAGGCAACAGAUGCAGAUAUUGGGGAAAAUGCAGCUUUAUUGUACUGGAGCAGGGAAGAAAAGCUAGCUGUAGCCCCAACUACUGGCUUCGUACAUGUCCGGAACAACGCAUUAUUGGAAAAUGACUCCCAGUUUACUGUAUACGCUACUGACCAGAAUGGAAGGGGGUUAAACGGCUCUCUGGAUAUUGUGGUUAAGCUUUUGGAAAAAACUCAAAUCGCUGUUAUAACUGUCCGGAACUCAUUCUUAGAUGAUGAAAACGCUAUUUUAGGUAACUUGAGCACGUCGGUUGGUUACAAUAUCAAAAUAUUAAGGACAGUCAUAAUAUCUGAGAAUAAUGAAAAUAAUGAGACAAUUACAAGAAGAAAACGUGAAGUACCAACCACAACUGGUGCAUCUCUGCAAUUAUUCGUAUAUGGUAUAUUAGGAAGCCAAUUAAUUGAUGUCAGCAAACUUAGAAGUGAUUUAGACCAAGUAGUAUCAGUUAAUACAUUCCGAGUAGAAUCAUUAGAAGAGCAUUUAGACAAUAUUGAGGUAUCUCCAGUUCCAGAACAAAACACAGCUUUAUUUGCCUCGACUAUAGCUCUCGCUGCCGUACUUUUUAUACUAAUUGUAGCAGCAACUGUAUGGUUCUUACUAAAAUGGAGGAAGAAACGAAAUUACGACAAAUUCAGUGACGCAAACAGUCUGGCUUCUCGUAUAGAACCGGAACCUAUUCCUAAAGUUGAAAGCCUUACUAAACCGAGAUUGGAUAUUGAAGAACUCAAAAGAAGUGAAAGAAGGCUGCAAGAAAUGCUCCAUGCACCAAUUCCAGAAAUAGAAGUUCACCCUCCCAAACAAGAAAUCAACCGACUUGAAGAACAGACAAUGUCUUCAGUCAAACCUAAUGAAACUUUAAUCGACAUUGCAGCGGAUCCACAACAACCAAUAGUUAUUCAAUCUAUUGAUAAACUAAAAGCUGACGAAUCGGAAGAUGAUGAGUUUGGUGAGGUAGAAGUGACAACACCAAGAAAGUCCGUGGUCACCUUUAAUGAGAACGUGGAAAAAAUUAUACAUUUGGAAUAUGGUAUUGAUGAUAGUUCAGAACCAGACACAGAAGUCUUUAGACUCUGAUACUAGUCUAGCGAUAUUCGUAUUAAUGGCAAUAAAUAGAAAUUUUUGGUAAUUUAGCUUUACAAA